CUUGUUUAGGAUAAUCCCUGUCCAGGAAACCGCCCCAUAGUGUCUAAAUGGUGAGUGACCUAUGAUAAAACUGUUCGAGUGACUAUAAUAUAUAAUAUAAGGUAAAGAACAUUAUGUAGGCCUAUAAAUGGGAUAAUAUAACAUUAUUUUUAUACAUUAUUUAUAGAUGCGUAUUGUACGGUUGAAUAAGAUCAGUCUAAUGUUCCAGGUAUUGUGUGAAUGGAACAAAAUAAGUGUUGCAAUGCCUUUUAUUUAAGAAAAAAUAUGCACAAACAUGCAGGGCACUAAUGAGCAUUUACACAAAUGUUAAAUAAACCUAUAAAUUAAAGUUCAAAUUACAUAAGAAGAAGAUAACAAAUGUAAAGGGAAACAUGAACAAUACCCUACUUAAAGUUAUAGUGGUAUUUUAUUACCGAAUAAAAGAGAAUGUUGAUCACAAAGUGGGAAAGAUAAAUGCAUACGGGUUGAUAACGUUUACGAGAAAAUAAUACCGAAUAAAUUCUGUGCUGUCCAUCUACUUCGAAAUAACAAACCAGUACAGAAUAUCCCAGUUAUCGUAUAUAAUCAAACAGACAGUAUAAAAGUAUGAAGGUUUUAAACGCAGCCGCUGCCCUUCUGCAAAUGGCCGCCACGCUGCGUCAGGUCUCUACGCGGACGGUGACUGAACCGGCGCAUGCGCAUUGACCGACUCCGAGAGCCCGAUACAAGAUGGCGGAGUCGGUGGGGAGGGAGAGGCGGAGGCGGGUCCGAACUCUAUAGCGCAAAGCCUAUCGAGGACUCCCAACAAACCUCUCUAAGAGCAUUACACUGAAGACAGGACAAAUGAGGAGCCAUGACGAGUGAAAACCACAAAAUCAUAACGGCAGAUCAGCCAAUGGUCAUGUCGCCCACCGGGUCCACAUCACAGGACGCCUCCUUAUCACCCUCCACCAGCAAACCCAUCCAAGAGCUGCCAGAUGAGCUCAUUCAGGCUGGAUGGUCCAAAUGUUGGAGUAAAAGAGAGAAUCGGGCGUAUUACUUUAACCGCUUCACUAACCAGUCUCUGUGGGAGAUGCCAGUCCUCGGUCAACAUGACGUCAUUUCAGAUCCUCUGGGCUUGAACGCGGCUCCGGCCUCCGGCGAGGUGACGGCUGACGCGGGACUCGGCAACGGACAGCGUAAGAGACACGCAUCAGAAGAGAUGCCUCAGCUGGGUUCCAACAGUUUCAAGAGGCCGAAGGUUGAGACUCCCGUCAUGCCGACGACUCCCACAGUCCCCAUUUCUCCCAGCACACCAGGAGUCAAAGCCUGGCUCUCCACCACAGAUGAAAAACAAGGCCAAUCCAGCGCGCCCGCACCUGCUCCCUAUCGACCUCCUGUUGUGUACUGGGAUCUGGACAUUCAGACGAACGCUGUGAUUCGAGAGAGGUCCCCUGCGGACCACCUGCCCCCCCACCCUGAGAUGGAGCUUCUGAGAGCUCAGCUCACCACCAAACUCCGGCAGCAUUAUCACGAGCUGUGCUCACAGCGUGAGGGCAUCGAGCCCCCGCGGGAGUCCUUCAACCGCUGGCUUUUGGAGAGGAAGGUGGCGGAUAAAGGUUUGGAUCCGCUCCUGCCCAGCGAAUGUGAUCCCAUUAUUUCUCCUUCUAUGUUCCGAGAGAUCAUGAACGACAUCCCUAUCAGGCUGUCUCGCAUUAAAUAUAAAGAAGAUGCCAGAAGACUCUUGUUCAAGUACUCUGAGGCGGCCAAGAAAAUGAUCGACUCAAGAAACGCGACGCCGGAGAGUCGAAAGGUGGUGAAAUGGAACGUUGAGGACACGAUGAGCUGGUUGAGAAGAGAUCACUCCGCGAGUAAAGAGGACUACAUGGAUCGUCUCGAGCAUUUGCGGAAGCAGUGCGGCCCUCACGUGACGGCCGUGGCAAAGGAUUCCGUCGAGGGCAUCUGUUCAAAGAUUUAUCACAUCUCUGCUGAAUAUGUGCGCAGGAUCCGGCAGUCUCACCUCAAACUGCUGAAAGACUGCAACAUUUCAGUUGAAGGUGUGGAGAAGACGGAGGUUCAGGACCGGCUGGUGUAUUGUUAUCCCGUCAGAUUGUCCAUCCCUUCUCCUCCUCAACCCCGCGUAGAGCUGCACUUUGAGAACGACAUGGCCUGUCUGCGCUACAAAGGAGAAAUGGUGAAGGUCAACCGCGGACAUUUCAGCAAACUGGAACUCCUGUAUCGAUACAGCAGCAUUGAUGACCCGAGGUUUGAAAAGUUCUUGUGUCGUGUUUGGUGCCUUAUUAAAAGAUACCAGGUGAUGUUCGGCUCAGGUGUGAACGAGGGCUCCGGCCUGCAGGGGGCGCUUCCUGUUGCUGUUUUUGAGGCACUCAAUAAACAGUUUGGCGUGACGUUCGAGUGCUUCGCUUCCCCUCUGAACUGUUACUUCAAGCAGUUCUGCUCUGCGUGUCCAGACAUUGACGGCUUCUUUGGGUCUCGAGGGCCGUUCCUCAGCUUCUCUCCGGCCAGCGGCUCGUUCGAGGCGAACCCUCCCUUCUGUGAGGAGCUCAUGGACACCAUGGUGAAACACUUUGAAGAUCUUCUGGAGCGCUCCAGUGAACCACUGUCCUUCAUCAUCUUUGUGCCGGAGUGGCGCAACCCACCGACCCCCGCACUGACGCGGAUGGAGAGCAGUCGCUUCCGCCGGCACCAGAUGAACAUCCCUGCCUUCGAACACGAGUACCGCAGCGGCUCGCAGCAUGUCUGCAAGAGAGGCGAGAUGUACUACAAGGCCGUCCAUGGAACAGCCGUCAUUUUCCUACAAAAUAAUGCUGGCUAUGCCAAAUGGGAGCCGACCACGGAGAGAAUCCAAGAGCUCCUGUUGGCAUAUAAAGUCUCGGGUCAUUCUUUACCGUCACCCGGUCCAUCUUCCAGCAGUACCGGAGACAAAGACUCAAAACCGGCACAGGAACGCUCCUCGAGGAGUCAAGACAACAGUCCCUUGGACAAGACUGCUCCGGACAUGACAAACAUUUAGCCCGCCGCUGCGCGACCGGCCGUGUUGUAUGUAUGUAUGUAUGUAUGUAUGUAUGUUGAUGGGAAAGAGUCUAUGAUUGUAUGAGAGGUCAAAUAUUGCGCUGUUGUCUGGACAUUGACAUGUUCACGUGAGAUGGCGAAAGAUCCAUAGAUGGUUACUUUCUUCCUCCUCCAUUAUUUAAAAACAUUAGCUUGUUCUGUUAUGUUGGGUUUUAUAUUUGGUAACGUCUGUGUUGUAUUUUUAAGAGAUGGUAAAUGCAACCUAUAUAUUUGUUUCUGCUCUUUUUUUGGCCUUUGUGUUACACUCCAAUAUCAAAUGAAAAAAUAUUUUGCUGUAAAGAGGAAUUAUAGGAGCAAAGAAGCAUUUUGGGGAUUUUUCUCCUUUAUUCAACAAUUCUCAUUCCUUUAAUGCAUCCGGAUGUUGUUCUUUGAAACAUUAUUCUAAUUCCCAACAUCUCAGAAGGCUUUCGUUGCUUUAAUGCAGUAUUGUUUUACUGUAUUACCGCAAUGAAGUUUAUUUUCAUAAUAUCAUUUCUUAUUUAAGAGUGAAAUGUGACCGGAAAGAUGUUUUAAAAGAGUUUAGUAAGAUUUACCUCGUGAAUAGUGAAGCUGUCCAGGCGUGUCGAGGGCCGAUGCUUGUAUAUUCUAUUCUUUCAGAGGAUUCUGUUUCAGAAGAUGACCGGCGAUCAGGCAGCUAUCUUUAAAAGCUUUUAUUAUAACGUGCAUUAGUUGUUCUCUUCGCAUCCGCCGGUUACGUCUUCAUGAUCUUCCCGUUCCUUUCUCUUCACCUCGAGAGAUCAUGUCAGGUCUUUCUUCAUAGCAAUGUAUAGAGGUGGGGUAAAGGUCAGUCAAUCUAGAUUUCACUUAAUUGACUUUUUGUUUCUAUAAUAUGUACAGAACACAAAAGCAAACAUGUUGUCUGUUAGAAUUUUGUACCUUUAUUGCAUUUUUCUCCUCUCCAGGUCUGUUGGACCUUUAAGUGAUACGAUGUGACAUUCGGUCACAUCAGUUUCAGGUGUAGCGUGAGGAAAAAGUCCACUUUCUGGAUAAACGAAAAGAAAAAGAUGAAAAAUACAGUUUAACUGGAUCAUAAAAGCAUUAUUCCACAUUGUUGUGGUUAGAAAUUGGAUUAGCUUUGAUAAAUGGUGUAAACUCAAAAUUGUUUCCCCAGCGAGUCUACCUCUUAUUCUGGGUGUGAGAGCAGAGAUAUAUCUGGAAAAUGAGACGAAACAUGAAUUUAGAAUUUCUUUCUAUUGCCUUGACGUCAUGGUUCUGUAUGUGUGAAAAGUGCUUUUGUACUCUAAUCAUAGAAAUGUGUUUACAAGGGAACGACACACAAUUUUUAUCACUGGGCAGCGUUUUGAAUGUACAUUUUAAAAAAGGAGCCGAGUUCUGGAUGAUUCGUUGUGAUUAUUCACACUGCAGCGGUGGAUAUUUUCUUGCCAUGAUCAAACUCUUUCAUAUAUGAUCACUUUAUGAUACCCAAUCACUUUCAUCUGUAUAUAACUAUAGAUUUGUGUUUUUUCACUGGACUACAUUGUCAGGGUUUUUUGUCAAGUUUAAAACCAUUCCGGUGGUUUAACUGGUAAAAUAACCCGUCUACAAAAUCCAUUCGUACUGUUUCUUUGAGAAUUGGGCACUUGUUGGAUUUGUUUGAUCCAGGAGUGUUUUCUGUCACCAGCAAAACUGUAUAUGUUGUACAGAACAUGGGUAUGAAGUUUGUUAUUUUCUUAAACAGCUGUUUAUUUGAAAAGAAGCAAGGCAUGUAUUUUCCAUGGCUUUUUAUAUUUAACAUUUUGGUUCGAAAUGACUGUUUAUGAACUGUAGAAUUUAUGAAAUAGAAGUUGUUUUAAACUAAACCAAAGUGUUAUUAAAAGAGGAGGAAUUUAUUGUAUAUCUUAACGUAGAAUCGUGUACGAUUGCAUCAGUAAUGCAUAAGGUGUAACCAGCAAAACAUCCAUUUAUUUCUACGUUUAUUUUUAUAAUUCUCUUUCGUUCUUCGUUUUCUUACAAAAGUCUGUUUGGGUUUUUUUUUGCAUGACCUGAUAUUUUUCAAUACAAAAAAAAGAAACUAUAGCCUAUAAAUUGUACAGAUCUGUAUUGUUUAAUAACCCGCAAGCUUCGCCAUGUUGGGCUUUUAACCUCUUUGCAUUUAUCAGUCAUGUUGAUUGAUAUAUAUUUGGUCGCCUUUGCAUUUGUUGAUUCAUUUGUUGUCUAAAAUGCCAUGAAUGUCCCCCUGUAUCUUAUUCUGAUAAAGUCAUAGAUUGAGUGAAUGUAAAUAAUGUCUGUGCUUAUAUUAUUGUUUCUUCUCUCUGUAUAUUAUCAGUGUUGUGGCAUUUCUCUUCACCUGAAGUGGUAUAAAGAUUUUCCUCUAAACCAGAAAAGCUCUCAGUAAAAUAAUAAAACCAUGGACCAUUUCUGGCAUGUUCUUA